AUGGCACCUCAGAUCGCGAUUAUCGGGGGUGGCCCCAGCGGCCUCACUCUAGCCCGCCUUCUCGAAUGCAACAACAUCGACUACGUUGUCUACGAACGCAACCUCUCUGAAAACUCGCCCCCCGGACAAGGUGGUUCCCUUGACAUCCACGGAGCCACAGGACAAGAAGCUCUUAACCGUGGAGGGUUAUCUGCUGAGUUCGAGAAGCUCGCUCGCCGUGAUGCAACAGUGGCCCAGGUCGCUGAUAAGACGGGUAAGCUGCUCGUCAAGUUCGGUGAGGGACGAGAUGCGCCUGAGAUUGACCGAGUUCAACUUUGCAAACUCCUGCUCGACUCGAUUCCUCGGCAUAAGAUUCAGUGGAACAAGGCCGUGAAACAAGUGGAAAGGGAUGCCAAGGGAGAUGUUGUCGUUCGCUUUGCUGAUAGGACUAAUGUAACCGGCUUCCGGUUGGUAGUUGGAGCUGACGGAGCCUGGAGCAAGGUCCGACACUUGGUUACGCCUGCAAAGCCCCAGUACUCUGGUAAGAGUUACAUCGAAGGCAAGAUUUCACCUGGAAACCCAUUCUACGACCAAGUCGAAGCCAGGGUUGGCCACGGGAGCAUGCUUGCUUUUGGUUCGAGGAAGCAUUUGGCCGUUCAGCAAAUGAGCGAUGGUUCCUAUCGAAUCUAUCUCGGUCUUGCAGUGGAUGAGAAUGCCUUUGCUCACGGCAACCCCAACGUUGACCUUGUCGCUGACAAUGGCGCCCUGGCUCGAGAGUUCUUCCUGUCUCAACCAGAAUACUUUGCGGGCUGGAGUGACGAGCUCAAGGGUAUUAUCGCCAAUAGCGAGGGUGGCUUUCGCUACUGGCCGCUCUACCACAUGGGCCCUGAGUGUCUGAGCUGGGAACACUCCCCUCAGGUCACUCUGAUUGGUGACGCGGCCCACGUGUCCACCCCAUUUGUUGGAGAGGGUGUCAACUGUGCCAUGUACGACUCUCUGGUUCUUGCGGAGAAGAUUCUUGAAUUUGGGACUGGCGCCGGCUUGGAUCAUGCUGUUGCCGAGUACGAAACGGACAUGUUUAAACGCGGUAGAGACUUGAUUGAGCGAAGUAUGGGAUCUGCGGAGCUCCUGUUUGCUGAAGAUGCUCCGAAUGGACUUGUUCAGAUCAUACAGGGUGGCUCUGAGUAG